CGCCGGGGAUAAAGACGGGCGGCGCGGGAACCAGCUCCAGGCAGCUGGGCGGUGACACCUGAGGGUCCCAGAGUGGCGAGCUUCCUAGGGGCGCCAUGAGCUGCAUCAACCUGCCCACCGUGCUGCCCGGCUCCCCCAGCAAGACCCGGGGGCAGAUCCAGGUGAUUCUAGGACCCAUGUUCUCGGGAAAAAGUACUGAGCUGAUGAGACGGGUCCGUCGCUUCCAGAUCGCCCAGUACAAGUGCUUGGUCAUCAAGUACGCCAAAGACACUCGCUAUAGCAGCAGCUUCUCCACGCACGACCGAAACACCAUGGAGGCACUGCCAGCCUGCCUGCUCCGGGAUGUGGCCCAGGAGGCCCUAGGCGUGGCUGUCAUAGGCAUCGACGAAGGGCAGUUUUUCCCAGACAUCGUGGAGUUCAGCGAGACUAUGGCCAACGCCGGGAAGACCGUGAUUGUGGCUGCACUGGAUGGGACCUUCCAGAGGAAGGCCUUCGGGACCAUCCUGAACCUGGUGCCCCUGGCGGAGAGUGUUGUGAAGCUGACGGCGGUGUGCAUGGAGUGCUUCCGCGAAGCCGCCUAUACCAAGAGGCUGGGCGCGGAGAAGGAGGUAGCCGCCACCUGCCUUCCCCAGGGGUGGAGGGGGGAGGGUGGCCCGGAGGCGCCCCGCCCCGCCUCAGCCUAUGGCUCUUUGCAUCCCCGCGGCCAGGUCGAGGUGAUCGGGGGCGCAGACAAAUACCACUCCGUGUGCCGCCUGUGCUACUUCAAGAAGGCCUCGGGUCUGCCCGCCGGGCCGGACGGCAAGGAGAAUAAGGAGAACUGCCCGCUGCUGGGGAAGCCAGGAGAGGCCUCGGGGGCCCGCAAGCUGUUUGCUCCGCAUCAGAUCCUGCAGUGCAGCUCGGCCAACUGAGGUGUGGGCGCCUGGGGAGCGCCCGCUCCCUUCCCGCUGCCGCCCCCUGGCGGAUGCUUGCAGGACUGCCCCCGCCCUCGUGCGGCGCAGCCUUUCCAGAAGAGGAAGUGGAGGGGGGUGGGGUGCGGGGACGGAACUUUCGGCGGUGCGCUUUUCCCGGGCUGGUGGUCUGCACGUUCCGUUUCCCCUUUCCUGCCCGCCGGCGCUUUCUUGGUUCCCUUCCCCGCUGCGGAUCCACUCCUGAGCUCAGGGUCUGGCCACCCACCGCGGACACCCGCCCCCUCCUCCCGUGGGGUGAGGGGCCGAGCCACACACUGGCGACACUACCGCUGGCCGCUUCUUCCCCCUUGUGGCUUUCACUGUUGAGUUUCUGUUCUCGCUGGGAAGUCCGUUCCCCAGUUGCUCCGGCUCAGCACAGUGUCAUCCCACGCAAAAAUUUCUGUUGGCCUGGAAAGGGCUCCUGGUCCCUCGGGGUGGCUGGACUUGUGCCUUCUGGCUUCCCUUUGGGCUAAAAGCUCUUCCCUCUCUCUGGUGGUCAUUUUCUCCAGAAUUACAGCUUCUCUCACACGGGGGACACUUACCCUAGUGGGGCCCAGAUCCCAGGGGCUUAUCUUUUAAGGGGGGGGGGGUAGGGUGGGUAGGGGCAAAGGUAGCUGGGGACAGGGUCUCUGAUUCUGUUGUGUGUGAAAUUAAUAACUAAUAUUAAAAUUUACUGGUUGGUGGGAGCACAUGUGUCUUUAACAGUCUGGGAUGCCCUGGGUCUCCCUGUGGACAGCUCUGAUGGGACCAUGGGUGGGGAUUUCUUUCCAGAUCUUUUUUAGCACUACCUGCUGGUCUCUUAGCCACAACACUUUGAGAAGCGCCGCGAAGCGCGUCCCAAGAGGCACAUUUGCUUGCUCUCCUGUCUGGACAGGUUUAGGACAAAAUGGGUGGAAGGAGGAGGCUGGGGCCCGGGAUGGAAAGACAAGGCUAUACUCGGGGCUGCCCGCUGGGGCUGUGGGGUCAGGUUUUGUUUGUGAAACAGACACUUGAUAGUUCAGGAGCCCAGAAGACUAGCUCAGCUGUACCUUGUAACAUGGGCCGUCAGUGGCUUGCAUGGAGGCCAGAACCUUCUGGGGUUGGGUGUACCCACCAGUGGGGAUGGGAUGGGGGUUCUGGGGUGGCCUCCUCGCCCUGGCUUGCCUCUCCCCUUUGCUCUAUUCCGGCUUGCUAGUGACUGGUCCCGAAUUACAGUGAGGCAUUUGCAGAACCCUAUGAGUGUCUACUCGAUUUUGAAACUAACAGGCCCACUUUUGACAGUUCUUGCUGUCUCUGCUCCAAAAGGGAAGUGAGGUGCUUCAGGGGCCCUGGCCUUUCCUGCUAGAGAUGGGCUCACUCCCUCAGGGUGGGCCAUCCCGGAACGGGCUCCAGACGUGUGGACCCCUGUCUGCUAGAAGUGGAGGCCUCUGGGCCCUGCUGGAUCACUCCGCACUCUGCUAAGAGGGUUGGGAAGGAAAGGGUUACCGCGCAGGGUCCACUCCCAGGGGCCCCCACCCCAACUCCAGCAAGGGCACAGCAGGGCCCUGGCAAGGCAGUCCAGAAAGACUGUCUUGUUUACAAGCUGAGCACAGUUGCUAUUUUAAGAUGCUGUUGGACGGCAGUGUGAGGAAUGAGACCCCAGACAAGUGCGUGCGCGCGCUGGGCGUGCUGGAGGGGCACACUGCCGUGACUUCAAAAUGCAAGUUCAUAAAGCAGCCCCCUCCCAGGGUGCACCCCAGAGUGGAAUCUCUCUCCAACCCCUGGGCUGAGGCCCAACUGAUGACCCUGGAGAUUAUGAACGAGAAAAACAUUUAUUCCGUCUUCAAAUCAGUCUAACAGAACCAAGGGUCUGCAUCUUACCCCCAAGGCUUUUUAAUACAUUCAGAACAGCCCAGGGGCUGCGGAUACACCCCACACCUCACAGUGGCAGAGUAUUUACAUAAAGCUGGGUGUUUUCCGGCAGGCAAAGCCCCUCCCGGUUGCCAAGGGCUGGGAGCAAGGCGGAGGGAAUGCCUCCCGGUGCCCCCUGGGGUGGGCAUCCAGCGCCACGGCCGGCAGGCAGGCAGGCAGUCCGGAGGCACUGGCAUGGGGCGAUGACCCUAGAUCCAAGAGCAAGCAGAUGCUACAGCAGUGAGCACGGGGCUGCUGGCUCCCAGGGCAGGCAGGAGGCUGGGGACACAGCAGCGCCAGGAGGUGGGGAACAAACCUGAGUGAGCAGGAAAGGGGGCCCUGGCCCCACAGUCUCCUCUUUGGCACAGAACCCCGAGUAACUGUGGCCACCAGGGCCCAGGUCCUGGACCUGGGCCCGGCUCCUUUGGGCUGGGGAGAAGCUAAGGCACUUGUCAAAAAGCGUGUCGGGCACUUCUAGCUAUUCCAACUGGGGUUGGGGAUCAUUAAAAGCAAUGACAAAACACAUCUGGCUAAAAACCCUUUUCCAAAAAAUGCCC